AUGAUUCUGCUAGUGGUGUUCCUAUGUCUCACAACUGUGUUGCCUCCAUCCACUGGAGAGAGCUUGAGCUGUGUGCCUCUCCCUUUGCUCACAGUUCCAUCCUCUCAACAUAAACAUGGAAGUUUUGAUGCUCUGUCAACUACCAAACUAGAUCAGCAAAAGCUGAUUGUUGACAAACAUAAUACCCUCAGGAGAGGAGUGAAACCAACUGCCAGCAACAUGUUGAAGAUGGAAUGGAGUCUUCCAGCUGCAAAGAAUGCCCAAAAAUGGGCCAAUCGAUGUAUUUUAAGACACAGUCCUCCUAGCAUGAGAAGAACCAACGUACAAUGUGGUGAAAAUCUCUUCAUGUCAUCUGGCCCUUUCUUGUGGCCAAAUGUUAUUCAGGCCUGGUACAAUGAGGAGAAAGAUUUCGAAUAUGGAACUGGAGCAAAAAGACAAGGUGCUGUGAUUGGCCACUACACUCAGGUGGUUUGGUACAAUUCUUAUCAGGUUGGAUGUGCUCUCUCUUUCUGUCCCAACAGUACAUACAAAUACUUUUAUGUCUGCCAAUACUGCCCUGCCGGGAAUCUGGUAACUUCAAUUCCAAGACCCUACAAAGCAGGAAAACCCUGUGGUGAUUGCCCUAAUGCUUGUGAAAAUGGAUUAUGCA